AUGCAGGUCCAAAUGAAAGAACUCGCAAUUGAACACAGCAGACUAUUCGAGGAGAAGGACGCAACUAUCGCAGAUCUAGAGCUUGAAGUCCACGAACUGAAAAGCCAGAACAAGGAUCUCUCAUGCAGUCUGAACAAAGAGGCCAACACUCGAAAAGUGGCGGUCGCAGGCAAGAAUGUCAUGAAGCUCAGCAGUAGGGUUGCCGAGCUCGGGAAUGAGUUGGCUCAAGAGAAAGCCAAGCAUACCGCAGAUAAAGGCGCGAACGAGAAGUUGCGUAGUAUCACGGAAAAGUGCGCCGAGAUUGCAAGGCUUGUGGCGCAACACCCGUAG